UCGAAAUUCGCCGAUUCCGAACGUGGUUCAGCAAUUUGUUUUAUUAAAAUUAAUUGAGACUAAAUGGUUGAUUGGGACUAUUUCAGUUUUAAAAUUGUUUUAGAUACCCCUUAAUUUACUACCAAUGUAAGAAUACUGUAGAAAAAUGGAUAAAUCCAAGUUGUUAUCGGGAGAAGAAAUAGUGGAUAAAGGUGCUAUCAAGAUCGAUGUGACUUUACCUGAGGUAGGUCUGAAAGAUGUGAAGCCGGAUGGAUCUUGGCUGGAGGGAAAACAGAUACAAUCUGCUUUGGAGGCGAGAAAGCACUUGGUCGAGGCUGAAAGGAUUGAAAAGAGCGGUAUACUGAGCCACGCAGAGUGGCAAGAUGAGCUUCAACUUGCGGAGGUCACCAAGCAGUCUGGUAGCCAUUGGCAGUUCUUUGGACACCACCGAGAUAAGAAGCUGUACCUGAGACCUGAAGAAGCCUUGUUUUUGAUUGAAGUGAAUUGCCUGGUAUUGAAAUAUAAUGGAGUAACAGUAUCACUUCAGCAAGCCUACUCCUUGUUACUUUCUGAUGACAUUACCAUCGUCCAAUACAAAGUGUAUGCUUCUUUAAGUCGAUUGGGGUACAAAGUUUUUAAACACGUCCCCAAAGUAGAACCACCAGUUAAUGAGCAUAAAAGUGACAAUUUAAAGUCUGAAAAUGUUACUAAAACCAAUGUAUCAGAGACAGUUACAACUUCAGAUGAAAAAACUACUGACAAUAAGUCAGAAAACAAUGAUACCAAUGAAAAAAUGGUUGAAAACCUAAACAUUGUCAGUAAUGAACCUAAAAAUGCAUGUGAAUUGAACACAAUUGGAGCAAAAGAUAGUGUGAUGGAAGUUGAAACACCUAUUAUGACACAUACAGAUGAUAAUAAACCUAUAGAAAGUGCAGAAGAAGAAAAAACUAAUGAUGAGACCUUGGAAAAAGAAGAAUCUAAUGUAAACAAUACAAUUGAAACAAAAGAUAGUUUAAUGGAGGUUGAAACGCCAAUUGUGAUAGAAACAGAGGAAAAUAAACCUAAAGAAAAUGCAGAAGGCAACAAAACUUGUGAUACCUUAGAAGAAGAAUCUAAUGGGAACAAUACAAUUGAAAAUAAUGAUAAUGUGAUGGAAGUUGAAAUCCCAAUCGUGACAGAAGCAGAUGAAAAUAAACCUGAAGAAAAUGCUCAAGAAGAAAAAACUGGUGAUAAUAACUUGGAAGUAGAAUCUAAUGUUGAAACAAAAGAUAGUGAGAUGGAGAUUGAAACGCCCAUUGUGAUAGAAACAGAUGAACCAGAUAAACCUAAAGAAAAUGCAGACAAAGUUAUAAUUAGUGAUAAGGAGAUGGAAGAAGAAUGUGUUAUUAUUUCUGAAGAGAAAGAUAGUGAUAACAACACCUAUGAAGUGAAAACCAAUGAUAAUACCAAUGAGGAGACAAAUAAAGAUUUAUCAAUGGAUGUAGAUAAAACUUCAGACUCAAAUGCUAACAGUGAUAGAAGUUUGCAGAACCAAAUCCGUGGAGCAACAAUGAAUAAUAUUAAUGUUUCUGAUGCAUGCUCAACAAAUGACAGUGAAAAUAUAGACCCUUUAAAAAGGUACUGUCAAUGGAAGUUGCAUAAACUUAUGAAUCGUCAAGACAAAACAUCUAAAACAAGUAUUCACCAACAAUUCGAGAAUUGCCCUGAUUUAUUGGAAAACCAAGUUGCUACUAUAAAAGUGCCAAAUGAUGAUUACAUCCCUCACAACAUUUACUUGAACAAAUUGUAUUAUGUUAUCAAUGUAGAGAAUAUUCGAAAGAAAAAUAGCAACACAGUGUCCGAAGCAACAUACAGUUUAUCAGAUGAAGUGAACGGAGCUCAUAUUAAAAGAGUAACUAGUUCUGGCUUGACCACCACGUCAAAUCCUCGUCCGAUGCAAACAUUUUUCCAAAAAUUCGGACCCACCGGACCUUAUAGACAUUAUGCGUACUACAGACCCAGCACUCACUAUUACCAAUUCAAUCUAUUUUACCAAAGACCCUACAUGCCCUUCAAUCCAAGAUCUCAAUUUUUCCCAAGGAUGCAAAACAUGCCAACGUUCCCUGGGUACUCUAACAACCCACCUAGAAAUACUCAAAAAAACCAGCGAAAGAGACGAAAGGCGUCACCGAAAUCAUUACAUUUUGAGGCCAUAAAAAAUUUGGCAGCAAAACUCAAACACCUGUGCGACAAUGGAAAUGUGAAACCUGAGAAUAUCCAGGCACUCCAGAAAAUCAUUACUACUUACAAUGAUAGAUAUCUCACCAAGUUACGAUUAAGUGCAGAGUAUGAAGUUGUAAACGAUGAGAACAUAGUGGAAGUGAUUGAUUUGGAUGAUGAUGAAGCAUCUACUGCCAAAAAACCCAAAAAGGACGAGAAAUGCGAUUUGUUUCAUGAAAAUCUGAACAAAAUUCGACAAAUGGCAAACGCUCUUAGAUCAUUAGAAGUCCAAAAUAAAACAUCUGGCAGACAUCGGCGAGCACUGUCCGGUCUCAUCAAAACAUUCAACAAAUCAUUCAAAGCUGAAAUUUAUAUGAACGAAAAUUUUCAAGUGAUAGAUAAGCGGUUCAUUAACCUGGAUUCUGACUCAGAUUCUGAUUCGGUUGUUGAAGUGAAACCGAAGAAUACGGGAAAGAAACUGAGAAAUCCUUUCAACAUCCUGAGGAGGCUAGCUCGAAAUACUAGAGGCGAUUCUCUUGCACAGACAGGCAGCUCAAAUCAAGUUUCCUUAGAAAAGGCAUUCAAAAAAACAUGGGUGCCAAAUGACGAUGAUUUUGGCAGGCCUGAAGUAACUCAACGCGAUAUUAUGAUUGCGCGAAUUAUUCAAACAAAGAAUGACGAAUUCAUAACAGAAUUCUAUAAAAACCAGUCAUUCGACAACUGGGUAGAUCUUAAAAUUGCAUUUUUACAAAAUAUUGAAGAUACAAAUGCACUUCUCGAUACCAGAGCAAUGAUGGAUAAUAAUAACAUAGAUUUGAAGGCUUUGGUGAAACUGGAUGAUUGUACUGACAUGCUUGCCGUGUUGAAGAAAUUGAGUAUCAUAAAAAAUAAUAGUGAUAUCGAUAAAAACAAUUAUCUUUCAAUCGAUUUUGAUGUUUACAACCGAGAUGUCAAAAACUUCCGGAAGGCGAGCAGACCAAAACCGCAUUUUAGGAUUGUGUGUAUUGAAGAAACCGCUGCAUGCCCUCUCGGUGUGGACAUUGCAUCUCUCCACGCCAAGUAUGAAGACGAUGUGACCAUCCUAUUCGCUGUAGUUGGUAUUGGAUCAAUUUCCUACCUACAGAUGAACCCUAGCGAUUUGCCAGUCUACGUAUCGUGUAACGAGCUGCGGUAAACUAUUUAUUAUUACAAUGUGAUAAGACUUAUUAAUUAAGUAGGUAUGAUAUCCAAUUUUACGUAUUGAACGCAACAAACGAGUUUCCAAACAGGCUGAAAGCCUUUUGGGUUUCUAUGAAAAUGAAUAAGCACUUACUACAUGCAUAGCGUAUAACUAUGUACCGCUCCACGACCGCUGGACCUAGUCAGUUAUGUGUGCUAUGCAUGUAUUUACAUAUUCAAAAUUUAGACAAAGUUAAGAGCUUUAUUUAACAAACGUGACAACAAUGCUAUUGGUCGCGCAACCAGAGACAAGGCACUUGAGGUUGAUGGUUGCACAAAGAUUUGUAUUUUAUCUUUUUUGUCGAUUGUCUGUAUAAUUUAACAGGUAUUUUAAGCUUGUCGCGCUGACGUCUUGCGUAUUUGUGGGUCAGUGUCAGGAUUAUAUUAUUUCACUGUUUUGUUCAAUCAAUGAACACAUUAGGGCGUUAGUAGCGCGAUUGCAGCGCGGCAGAGGCGUUUUUAUAAUGUGAGCAUACGCUGUCACAUAGUAUGAAAUUUUCGGCAGCGCGUCUGUCGCGCGUUUGUCGCGUUCAUAGAUAAGAAUAAGUACUGUCGCGUUGCUAAAUCGCCUAAAUGUGAAAGCGCUCUUAGUCUGUCUGAGUUUACAUUAAACGUCAUCCGCUAGGGGCGCUGUACAAUCUGUCAUUCGCUAGGGGUCCUGUACAUUUAAUGUCACUUUUUUACGCAGUCACUAGUGAACUAAGCCCUAUUUCUCAUAAAAAAAUCUUCGAGUUCAUAUUUUCAGCGUACCAUUAAAUGCUAACGAACUGUCAAAUAGUUGCAAAAAACGGUUCUGUUUGACGUAACGGCACAAAGUGACGGCGACAGCAUCACGCAUCUCUUUUUAUCACACAGUGUUGCUGCUAGCGACCUAUAAUAUAGUUAAACCGGGAAAGCCAAGAAAAAAAAAUUUAGGUGCAAGAUCAAUAUUAUUGCUGUUGUCAAUUUUCUUAAUUGGGCUCUUGGUAUUUUGUAAGAGACAUUUACAAUUAGGCAGUGACCACACUUAUAAAAAUAUGUUGUCGGGGGUCGCUCCCUAAUCUAUAAUUAAAUGUGCAUGUAUAUUUAUGUGUAAGUAUGUGUGAUUUUUGCAUUUUUGUUCCUCUUCAAAACCGUCUUUGAAAAUUGAAAUACUAUAAUUUUUAUUACUCCACUGGUUGUUUAAUCUUGUAUAAACACACAAUAUUUAUUAUUACAAAUAAAUAGUAAGGUUGUAAAAGUUAUUGAAGGAAAAUGUGGGCAGCUGACAUUUUUACUUGUUAAAAUGUCAUGCCUACAUUAUUCUCUAAAUAUGCUAAGAAGAACCACUUGUGUGUCCAAUUUAAUAAUCAAUCCAAAUAGUCAUGUAAUGUAGUACAGAGGGCUUAGUGUGAGUUUACAUAAAAACGUCGUCACUAGCGGAUACUUUCAAGAAAGAAAAUCUUCAUGGAUUUUUUAAACGCGCUCACUACUACUGACGACUUUUGAUGUAAAAUCACACUAAGCCCUCAGUUCCAAGCGGUCAGUACCUGGAAUUUUAACUUUAUUGUGUAUCUAUAGUAUUAAAUUCAACACUGAUUAAUUGUCAUCACGUUAGGGUUACCGAAAACAGGUUUCCAAUUUGGAAAAAUAUUAGAAUAACUUAUGUCAUACUUUGCCCAGUGUCGGGUAUUUAUUUAUUCUAAGUGAAACUGUUUAUACU